AUGGCCUUCACAGCCAUUCGAUCUUCGCUCGCUCGGUUCCGCACCAUGUCUUCCUCCCCGCUCCACACGCAGUCGCGCAAUGUUUCGUUUUCUUCGUACCUGGUGACCCCCAAGCAGCUCAAUGAAGCUCUGAAGAAGAAUCCUCCUGGCGGAACCAAAAUCUCCACCUCCCCACGUGUGAUCCCUCUUAACGCAGCAUGGUUCAUGCCAAACGACCCCGAGGGUCGCAAGGGAAUCGAGUCCUUCCACCGCUCGCGAAUUCCGCAGGCCCGAUUUUUUGACCUGGAUGCCAUCAAAGAUCCGGAUUCGCCUUAUCCGCAUAUGCUUCCCACGUGUGAGACCUUCGCCGAGGCAAUGAGCGAGCUUGGCAUUCGUCGCGACGAUGAGAUUGUGGUUUAUGAUACCGCGGAGCUGGGAAUCUUCAGCGCCCCGCGCGUGGGCUGGACACUCCGUGUCUUCGGCCAUCCCAAUGUGCACCUCUUGAAUAACUAUCGCCUGUGGGUUCAAGAGGGCCUUCCGACUGAAAGUGGGGAACCAGCACCUGUGGAGAAGAGCAAGUACUCUGUUCCUGUUUAUGACUCGCGACUGGUAAUCUCUUUCCGUGAGAUGAAAGAGCUGGCCUUGGACUACGGAAAGGAAGGCGCCGAGGAAAUUGAAGUACUGGAUGCGCGGUCCUACGGUCGCUGGGCUGGUACCGACCCAGAGCCUCGUCCGGGUCUAUCAUCUGGUCAUAUCCCUGGCUCCAAGAGCCUCCCCUUCCAAGAGUUGCUGGAUCCGGAGACCAAGGCAUAUCUCCCAGCGGAGGACUUGCGCAAGGUCUUUGUGGAGCGUGAGGUGGAUCCCAACCAAACCAUCAUCAGCUCUUGUGGCACAGGUGUGACCGCAUCGAUCAUUGAGACAGCUCUGGCUGUAGCCGAGCAUGGCGAUCCUAACUUGCGGCGGGUCUAUGACGGCAGCUGGACUGGUCUACUCUCUUCCGAUUUAGGGUCUCUACCCUGUUCAAACAUGUCAACCGGACGCAAAGUCUUCCACUGCGCUGUGGACGAGACUGCUCUGUCCACAAACAUCUCCGAAAUCAAGAAAUGGACCACGAACGGUGCUAUUGACCUGGUGGUCCCCCUCUACACCCUCGAACGACUCCAUGCGCUCAAGCGGGCUGGCUCCCAGGUCGCCAUCAACGCCCGCGAGGCCGUGCGCUUCCUCGAUCGUGUCACCUCCGGCAAGGACCAUAUCGCCACCGACCGGGUCAUUCUACAAGGCCCGAUGGAGCAGUACGAUCGCUGGGAGGAGGCAGAGAAAUUUUUCCUGCCCGAAUUUGAGGAGGAACCCGAAGCGAUCAACGACAUUCUCAAUGGCGACCCUGCGACCGAUCCUACCAACCUUGCGGACGCCGGGAACGACCUGAAGAACGAAUCGGACGACCUGUCGCAGAUGCUCCUCUCCAAGCUCAACUUCAAGAAGGAUCCAGAGGCCGCGUCAAUCACUUCUGUCGGCACGCCCAGUGGUCCGGGAUCGCGCACAUCCUCUCGCAGCUCUCGUACCAGCCCCGAGUGCGCUCAGCACGACAGCAAUGGAACCAAGAACGACAAAUCCAAGUCCAAGUCCAACCAUCAGCGCACCACCUCCGGCUCUGUCAUUCCGACUGCACCCUCCUCCCUUCGUCCUCUGCUGAGUGCCUUGCUCUGGCGUCUGCACAAGGGCCCCGAUGCCGAGAACUCGUCCAAGACUUGUAUUCUGAUCACCAACGACCGCGCAACCCAGGUCUGGGCCCAGAAGUUCGGGAUUGGGGUCAAGAAUAUUCUCCAGCUGCGCACUGCGAUCCAGUACGAGGAGCGCGAAUACAAAAACCGCUGCAAGUACGUGGAGAAGACUCAGACACAACCUCGACCUGAACCGAAGACCCUCCUCUCUUAUGAAGAAGAAAGCGACGAGGAUGAAUUGGUUUUUGUCCCUCGAGGUCGCGGCAAGGGAACUCCUCGUGGUUCCUCUCGUGGUGCUCCCCGUGGCGGGUCGCGCAAGACUCCUCCGAAGCCUCCUCCCGCACCUGUCGAGCCUACAUCUUCCGUUGAAGUCCCUACUCAGCCUAUUGAUCCCGACUCUUUCAGCCGAUCACUGGGUGGCGCAUCCAAGCCGCCUCCCACCGACUCGGGCACACCCCAGGGUGCUCCUCGUGGUUCCCCAGGUGCCUCACGUCGCUCGUCUAAUGGUCGCCGGGGAGCUGCUCGUGGUGCGCGAGGCAAUGGACGCGGUCGAGGCAAGCUCUGGGUUCCUUGA